GGAAAUACUCAAUCGACAUCGGAACAGAAACGUGACUAGCAUUUGCCCCAAGUUGAACAUGCCACCGAGAUAACGCUUCUUGUAUAUGCACAUGGUUAUACCCCUCCUCCACUUGCGACAUUGACUUGUUCUUGAGUUCCCACAAUCUUUCAAAACACACACAACAUGACGCCCGCGCUUCUUACGGCCGUCGACUCGGCUUCACAUAUCCACCUCAUUGUCGGCUCAAACCCACUCGCUGGCGCACGAUGCACACGAUCAAUCGAGGUCGGCGCGAACCCCAUACUGAUUGCCCCCGGGGAUGCGACGCUACACUACGGUCUGGCUAGGCGCAUCGAGGAAGGCGAGGUCAAAUGGAUCCAGCGUAGCUUUCAAGAGGAGGAUCUGACCACGCUUGGUCGUGCUGAGGUGGAUGGCGUCGUCGACGCAGUCUUUGUGACGGCAGGUGGAAAGCAUGGGCAGAGCACAGAAAUAUCCAACCUGUGCCGCCGAUUACGAAUUCCCGUCAACGUCGCCGAUGCGCCCAAUCUCUGCUCAUUCACACUCCUCUCCACACACUCCGACGGUCCCCUCCAGAUUGGCGUAACUGCGUCUGGCAAGGGCUGUAAGCUAUCAGCUCGCAUACGGCGGGAGAUUGCAUCUUCGCUGCCACCACACCUCGGCGAUGCUGUCGACCGACUCGGCACACUACGAAGACGCAUAUGGGAGGAAGAGCACGCGGCCGAGCUAUCCCAAGACCUUGAAGCUGAAGAGGAAGACAGCGGCCAGCCCGCAACCUUCAAUCAGCUCAUCAUCGAAGAAAGCAAAGAAGCAGCACGAGGCCGCCGCAUGCGCUGGCUCUCCCAAAUCUGCGAAUACUGGCCCCUCCGCCGCCUCGCGGCCAUCACAGACGCAGACAUUGACACCCUCUUCCGCGAAUUCGCCAGCAGCAACGCCUCCAAAAUCGGCCCAACCUCCACAGCAAGCCCCGAAAAGAAAGCAGGCCGCAUAGUCCUCGCCGGCUCCGGCCCCGGCAAUCCCGAUCUCCUGACCCGCGCAGCUCACAAAGCCAUCCUAUCCGCCGACCUCAUCCUCGCAGACAAGCUCGUCCCCGCGCCCAUCCUCGACCUCGUGCCCCGCCGCGCAACCGUCCACAUCGCGAGAAAGUUCCCCGGCAACGCAGAUCGGGCGCAAGAAGAGCUGCUGGAAUGGGGCCUUGAGGGCUUGAAGGCAGGGAAAGUGGUCGUCCGCAUCAAGCAGGGCGAUCCGUAUAUCUACGGCCGCGGCGGCGAGGAGUACGAUUUCUUCCGCGCGCAUGGUUUCAUACCCACCGUGCUUCCUGGUAUAACGUCGGCGCUGAGCGCGCCGCUCUUCGCCGCCAUCCCGGCCACGCACAGAGGUGUCGCGGAUCAAGUGCUGAUCUGCACUGGCACAGGGAGGAAAGGCGCGCCCCUCGAUCCGCCAGAGUUCGUCGCCAGCAGAACCAUCGUGCUGCUCAUGUCUCUGCACCGGCUGGAGGCGCUGAUCGAGAGCCUGGUCGCCAAGGGGUAUCCUGCAGACCUGCCUGUUGCCGUCCUGGAGCGCGCGAGCUGCCCCGACCAGAGGGUUAUUCGGACGACUAUCCAGCACGUCUGUGCGGCGGUCGAGGAGGAGGGCAGCAGGCCGCCGGGUCUGCUAGUUGUGGGUAAUGCGUGCAGGGUGCUUAGCAAUUACACACAGCGAUGGAUUGUGGAAGAAGGGUUCCACGGGCUGGACGAUCUGGGCAGCGAUGGCGAGCUGCAGUUGAGCAAGCUCGGAGAUGUUGUUGUUGCACAGGUCGCCGCAUAGACCCAGACUGUAGACAUGGAUACGACUUGCAUUGCAUUGCACA